AUGGUCUCAACCAAGUCCCGACAUACAUGUUCUUCGGCACUUGUAUCCACAAGUAGCCUGAAGGAGUCAAAGGGUCUUCCGAUUGUUGCAGUCAUUGGAGUCGGCUAUGUCGGAGCUCAUCUGGUUCAAGCUUUUUCCUUGUCACUUGACGUAAUCGGCUACGAUAUAUCAUGUACGAGAAUACAAAAGCUGAUUUCUGAGACCCCCCGGUCGAACCGCGUCACAUAUUCGAACAACGUUGAGAGCUUACAAAGUGCCCAUCACUUCCUGAUAUCAGUACCAACAAGUUUGGAGACUGAUAACAGCAUUGAUCUUUCUCAUUUGGAAAGCGCACUCGAGAUUGUGCAGCGGUACGCACGCCGGGGUUCAAUUGUUGUCAUCGAGAGCAGCGUUGCUAUUGGGACAACUCGAAGGCUCCUAGAACCACUUGCCAGGACUCGUGGAGUUUUUGCGGGAAUGUCUCCAGAACGAAUCGACCCGGGUAGAGUGUCACCUCCUGCCUGUGCCAUACCAAAAGUAGUGUCUGGGCUUGAUGAUGUUGUCCCUGGGUCGCUCAACGCAAUCGCUCAGCUAUAUGAAUCUGUAUUCGACACCGUCAUCCGGGUCAGCAAGCCCGAGGUCGCAGAGAUGGUGAAACUGUAUGAGAACUGCCAAAGGACGAUAGCUGUCGCGUACGCAAAUGAGAUGGCGGAUGCUUGCAUUCCGUUCGGCAUUGAUCCUUUCGAAGUGGCCGAAACGGCUGCCAGCAAACCAUUCGGAUAUCUUCCGAUGUUCCCUUCUCUUGGAAUCGGUGGACACUGCAUACCAGUCAACCCAAUCUACUUUAUGUCGACAUGCAACCUUCCAUUACUCCGGCAGGCACAUGAAAAGAUGACCGCACGUCCUUCUGAAAUUGCUAGCAAUCUGCUUACCUCAAUGUUGGAUGAGAAUCACCGGCUCUACAGCGCUACCCACAAACUACGUCUGCUUGUAGUUGGCUUGGGUUUCAAGGCCGGUCAGGCUGACCUGGCAAACUCACCUGGAAUGAAGUUACUGAACUUCAUGCGGGAUUCGACCAAAGUGGAUUUGAUGUUCUGCGAUCCUUUAGUUGGACAAGCCAACAUCCCUGAAGUACCCAAGUUGAAAGAAAGUCACUGGACGGAUGAAAUUCUAGGAACCUUCCAUGCGAUCGUUGUAGCAACUAAACAACCGGGGCUUGACUACAGUAUUUUGAAGAGGCUACAAGGUGUGAAAGUAGAGAUAUGGCAAAGGUGA